AUGAGUGACGCCCAAGCAAGCGAGGCGGAGAAGAACAUUGAGAUAUGGAAGGUGAAGAAGCUGAUCAAACGCCUCGAGGCGGCCCGUGGUAACGGCACCUCCAUGAUUUCGCUCAUUAUCCCUCCCAAGGAUCAGGUCUCCCGAGCGGCCAAGAUGUUGGCAGAAGAAUACGGUACUGCCUCGAACAUCAAGUCGCGUGUCAACAGACAGUCCGUGCUCUCGGCCAUCACCUCGACCCAACAGAGACUCAAGCUCUACAACAAGGUCCCUCCCAAUGGCCUCGUCGUCUACUGUGGUGAAAUCUUGACCUCGGAAGGCAAGGAGCGAAAGGUCAACAUCGACUUCGAGCCCUUCAAGCCCAUCAACACGUCCCUGUACCUCUGUGACAACAAGUUCCACACCGAGGCCUUGGCCGAGCUGCUCGAGUCGGACCAGAAGUUCGGUUUCAUCGUCAUGGACGGAAACGGCGCCCUGUUCGGUACCCUCAGCGGCAACACCAGAGACGUCGUCCACAAGUUCUCCGUCGAUCUCCCCAAGAAGCACGGCCGUGGUGGUCAGUCCGCCCUGCGUUUCGCCCGUCUGCGAGAGGAAAAGCGACACAACUACGUCCGCAAGGUCGCCGAGUUGGCCGUGCAGAACUUCAUCACCAACGACAAGGUCAACGUCGCCGGUAUCAUCCUGGCUGGUUCGGCCGAUUUCAAGAACGACCUGAAUGCCUCCGACAUGUUCGACAACCGUCUGGCCACCAAGGUCAUCAAGGUCGUCGACGUCUCGUACGGCGGCGAGAACGGAUUCAACCAGGCCAUCGAGUUGUCCUCCGAGACCCUGGGCAACGUCAAGUUCAUCCAGGAGAAGAAGCUGAUUGGCAAGUACUUCGAGGAGAUCAGCCAAGAUACCGGCAAGGUCUGCUACGGUAUUGAGGAUACGCUCAAGGCUCUGGAGCUUGGUGCUGUCGAGACCCUGAUUGUUUUCGAGAACCUGGAAAUUACUCGCUGGGUCCUGAAGGACAGCAAUGGAAGUGAGAUCCAGCUCCACGUCACCAAGCAGCAGGAGCAGAACCGUGAGCAGUUCAUGGACAAGGAGACUGGUCAGGAGAUGGAAGUCGUCUCCCAGGAUUCCUUCAUCGAGUGGAUCGCCGAACACUACAAGGACUUUGGAACGAAUCUGGAGUUCGUCUCGGAUCGGUCGACCGAGGGUAACCAGUUCGUCAAGGGUUUCGGUGGCAUUGGCGGCAUUCUCCGCUACAAGUUUGAUGCCCUCGACUCUACCGAGGGACAGACUCAAGCCAUCGCAUCAAAGCCGGCACCUGUUGGCAAAGGGACCGAGUGUCCGCCGCCGCCCAGCCCCGUACCCACGUCAGAGCCAAAGGCAGAACAUCUGUCCUUCAAAGAGCGGCGCCAGCUCAAGACGGGGCCAGCGACCUCUCUGCACACGGCUAAACAGGUUGCCCGACCCAGCCCGCUUCGCGAUAUGAUGACGGCAUCUUGA